UGACAGUGACUCACUUUGGUCUGUUGCCAUUUUCACAGAUUUCCAACUGUUGAGAAUGGAUGGCAAACCAGACUAUUCUGAAAGCCACACUGAGGCUUGCUUGCCAGCAAGAGGUGAUGGAGAUACCAGGAAAUCUCUUGAGAGUAACAUAGCUCAAGGGAAUAGUCCAAUGAAGACAGGAAGGCAAAAGAAAAGGAGAAGCAGAGUGCGUUCAAAGACGACAGAUGCAGCGCCCAAGACAGCUACUUCUCCAUCCCAGAUUCCCUUACACCAGUUCACAAAGCCUGCAGAACCCCUGACCAUUCAUGACAAUUCAGACAAGCAGACUCAUGGCCAGUCUACUAGUUUCAAAGCUGUUCAUGAUCACUCUCUGCAGCCCAUCCAUGAUACGUCCAACUUCAGCACAGACCCCGACGGUCUCAUUGCAGAGGCCAAAUCCACUCAGACACUGGCGAUCACCCUGUCAGCAUGUAAACAGGCUUACCUAGCCGAGUCAGCUGCGGACCUGUGGAUUCCCGAUGGUCAACCAGUUGGGGCUACUCUUAAGGAUCUGAGUGGAGACCCAAAUCAACUCACUGUGCUCACCUGGAAUAUUGAUGGCCUUGAUGGAGAUGAAUUUAAAGAACGUACACUAGGCCUGCUCUACUGCUUGGGAAAACUUCGCCCAGACGUGAUUCUUUUGCAAGAACUCAUUCAACCCUCUCUGAGAAUUUUACAGCAUGUCAUGAAAGACUACGAGAUUUUGACAGGAGCUGAUGAGGGCUACUUCACUGGAAUGUUGUUAAGAAAGUCCAGAGUGCAGUUACUCCAAAGCAACAUAGUCAAAUACCCUACCACCGAGAUGGGGAGGAACCUGCUCAUUGCAAAUGUGAUUUUCUCAGGUAUCCAGCUGUGUGUGAUGACCUCUCACUUGGAGAGCUGCAAGGCCAGCUCACAGGAGCGUAUGAACCAGCUCCGUAGGGUCUGGAAGCGGAUGAGAGAGGCGCCGGAUGACCAGACUGUCAUCUUUGGAGGUGACACUAACCUGAGGGACAAGGAGGUAAAGAAACUGGGUGGUGUGCCGGACGGUAUCUUUGACGUUUGGGAGACGCUUGGGGAACCUGAGGACUGCAAGUACACCUGGGAUACUGUUAACAAUGAUAACAAAGACGUUGACUUUGACGCUCGUUUGCGCUUUGACCGCGUUUACAUGCGGUCAGCUAAAGACGGCACUCGGGUCACCCCGGAGAAAAUGACCCUGGAGGGCAUGAAGAGGCUGAUGUGUGGACUUUUUAUCAGUGAUCACUGGGGGAUUCUCUGUACGUUUUCAGUCAGGUCCUCAGAGGAGUAA